AACAUACCUCCAUCUACGCAACCCAUCAUGUUCCCACAAUUUGGGGUGAUGACACUGAAUAUUUUAACUCAUAUCGGUGGCUCAAUCCAGAAAUAACAUCAAAUACAACCAGUUAUAAUUUCAUACCUUUUAGUACCAGUCCAAGAACUUGUGUGGGAAUAAAAAUGGGAACUUUAGAAGUUAAAACUAUAUUAGCAGUGAUUAUUAGAAAUUUAGAGUUUAAAUUAGUUGAAGGUUUUACUUUUGGAGUAAAGUAUGUGAGCGUAGCUAAACCUCUUCCUGGAAUUGAUCUAUUGGUUUCAAGAGUAAAUUAUUAA